UGGCGAAGCUAAUGUUCAACAAAGACCGCCGUAAGUCCAGCAUCAACUUCGUGAAUUUCCGACGCUUCCAUUUUCUGGACAGAAGCCGCGAGUCCCGUCGCCGCAUCAACCACCCUCCCACCGCUCUAUACAGCACGAUCGGCGAGCGCGUGCGAACGAGCACUCCUUCGGCUCUCCAGUGCGCACUGUUUUGUGGAGGCUCGCGUUGCCAGUAUGAACAGCCACAGCCUCGCAACGCUGCUGUACAGGGGCUCUACUCUGACUGGAUCACGGACGACAUUCUGGCGAUGGCGCGGCCGAGCACCGCGAGCAUCGCCGCCAGAAACAUUAUUCAGCAGUUCCACAGCUGGGGCAUCCGCACGGUGAUCAACCUGCAGACGCCGGGCGAGCACGCCAGCUGCGGCCCGCCGCUCACCAAGUCCGGGUUCACCUACGACCCCAACGUCUUCAUGGCCAACGACAUAUACUAUUACAACUUCGCGUGGCCCGACUACGGAGAGGCGACUCUGAGCGGCCUGCUGGACAUGGCCAAGGUGCUCUCCUUCGCCCUGCAGGAGGGCCGGGUCGCGAUACACUGUCACGCAGGUCUGGGUAGAACCGGCGUGCUAAUAGCGUGCUACCUGGUCUACUCCCUUCGGGUGCGAGCCAACGACGCCAUCCGGCUGGUGCGCAAGAAGCGGCCGCGGUCGGUGCAGACGUCUGGCCAGAUCCUCUGCGUGCAGCAGUUCGAGCACUAUCUCCUACCGCAGACUGUUGUGUUCAGCUCCAAAGAACCGCUUAUGUUGACCAAAGAUCGCAAGACGGCUGAAUUUACAAUUAGACAAUAUUUGUACAGACAGCGCGCCACUCUACAUGGACUUGACGAGAGAGCUUUCAAAGAACUCCCUAAGAUUGUCUACACCCUCUGCGAGCGUCUACUCAAGCUGUGUGGCUGUCACCACAGCGUCGGGCUGGACUUUCGCGUGAAGAACAGACCCUUUUACAAGUCUUUCCUUGUGUACCGUUUGAAACAGAGCAAGCCGCCUGACCCCACCACGCCUGAAGAGGUGGCUUCAUCAGACCACGUGACAGCACUACCCAUGGUGGACUGGCGCGAUCCCGUGGAGGAGGACAUCUACAGAAACCUGGAGUGCGUCACCAGGAUCACGGGCACCUCCACAAAUGGGCACGUGCCAGCACUUCAUAUACACGAGGCGUUCGUAGUGGAUCACCAUAGUCUUCCAGAAGAUAAGCAGAAGUAUCUGAAACAGCUUAGAAACGACAUAAACCAAAGAAAAGAGGCGAUAACCAGAAUAGACGAAGAGGAGGAUCCAGCAAUUUUAUCAGGACUGCUAUGCGAGUGGCUGGAAGGCCUCAAGCAGCCAAUCCUGGAUCGCGAGGACCUGUCCAUCAUAGUCGGUCGCGCGCAUAAUGUGGAGUCAUGCAUAUUAGCAUUACAGAUGGAGGACAUGAUGCUAAUAGAGUAUCUGCUUCGCUUCGUCACGCGUCUGCGACCUCUCGCCGCUGCCAAAAAAAUCGACAUUAUAAAACGCCUGCUAGCCUCUCUCACCCACCAAACCGUGAUGCUGGCUGGCCGAUGUCUUCCAACGCGCAGGGACUUUUCCCGCCUUCGGGAGGGCACCUGCACCCAAGCUGUCAACUUCAUGCUGCGAAUGAUAGUGGAAAUCCAGAAGGACAUGCUCAAGUCGGGAAGGGACGAUGCUGAUGUUGUCGUCCCUUGUAGGAGAUUGAAAAUAAAGGCUUGGAAAUAA